AUGAACCGGUUCAAGCUAGAUUUGUGGGGCGUAAAGGUCGACCUUAAGCUCCUAGGAGACAUAUUCUUCCUCACGGGAGCAGGUCUCUCCAUGUACUACAUGAUCAGCCAUUUGCUUGGAGAUUUUGAUAGUUCGGUGAAGCUGAAGCAGGCUAAGAAGAGUGGCUCCAACAUUCUCAAGAAGAUCCAGGCGACUCACCCUGAGCUUAAGAAAAUCACAUUGAACGAGCACGAGAAGGGUUUGCUUAAUUCGUUGGUCACGCCAGACGACAUCACCACCGGUUUCGACGAUGUGGGAGGUCUCGAGUCCAUCAUAGACGAGCUUCAUGAAUCUGUCAUUUUACCCUUGACAGAGCCAGAGCUUUUCGCUGCACACCUGUCCCUCGUGCUGCUGCCCAAGGGUGUUUUGUUUCACGGUCCCCCAGGAUGUGGUAAGACCAUGUUAGCAAAAGCUAUUGCCAAAGAAAGUGGAGCAUUCUUCCUUCUGAUCCGCAUGUCCACGCUCAUGGACAAGUGGUACGGAGAGCUGAACAAGAUCGUGGACGCCAUCUUCUCCCUCGCUAAUAAGCUUCAACCAUGUAUUAUAUUUAUCGACGAGAUCGACUCGUUUUUGAGAGACAGACAGCUGACGGACCACGAGGUAUCGGCCUUGCUCAAGGCAGAGUUUAUGACCCUUUGGGACGGCCUCUUGCUGAACGGCCGUAUCAUGGUGAUGGGUGCCACGAACAGAAUGAAUGACAUUGAUCUGGCGUUCAUGCGUCGUUUGCCCAAGCGUUUUGCCGUGGGCAGACCCAACAAAGAGCAGAGGAAAGCAAUUCUACAGAAGAUUUUGAAGGACGCCACGCUUGACGAGGAGUUUGACAUUGACAAAGUCGUAGAGAAGACCAACGGCUUCAGUGGAUCCGACUUGCGUGAAUUGUCCAGAGAGGCAGCUUUGAAAUCGAUGAAGGAGUACCUCAAGGAGAAGUACAAGCGGGGAGAGAAGCAAAACCCGGAAGGCAAGGUGCGUCCGCUACAGACCCGGGACUUCAUUGAGAGUGAGCACGAUUUGGAUUAG